AUGUCUGACUACGUUGAAAACAAACCUGUCUGCAUGUUCAUGUUCCCGGCACGUCCUUGGCGCCGUGGUUCCAGGACUUUCAACGCCGUAGUUCAAAGGGUUGCCGACAAUCUUGCGGGGGUUGUCGUGAGUCCAAUUACCGACCAAAGCGGAGCAUCAAUUUCCGGUCGCCGAGCCCAAGCUGGCAGCGAAAUCGCGAGUGGUUCCCAAAACACCGCAUCCCAAAGCGCUACAUCUCAAAGCACUGCAUCUCAAAGCACUGCAUCUCAAAGCACUGCAUCUCAAAAUAUCGCAUCCGGAUGUGAAAUCUCCCCUGAUGAGGGAAUGGAUGCUGAUGACGAAAGAGAAGAGAAUAAUGAAGUGGACGAUGACGAUGAUAUAUAUGAGAAUGAGUAUUUUUUUACCCUCAAUGAAGUCGUUGACCAGAUCUCCCAAGAUGAUGGUGGUGAGGGCAAAAAUAAAGAGGAUGAAUAUGAGAGUGAAAAUGAAGCCGAAGAUAAAGAUGGGAUCGAAGAUAAAGACGAGGGUGUGGGUGGUGAUGAAAGUGAAGGCGAGAGUGAGAAUGAUGGGGAGUAUGAGGAUGAGGAUGAGGAUGAGGAUGAGUAUGAGUAUGAGUAUGAGUAUGAGUAUGAGUAUGAGUAUGAGUAUGAGUAUGAGUAUGAGUAUGAGAUUGAGGAUGAAGACGAGAGUGAGAGCGAGAGCGGAAAUGAGAACAAAUAUAAGGAUGAGGAUGAGGACGAUGGUCUAGACCUGGAUGAGUAUGAGCGCGAUUAUAGGCGUGAGUGUGGGACUGAUAAUUGGGAUGAGGAUGAUGAAAUGCUUGACGACGAAGAAGUCGAGGAAUGGGAAAACUUCCUCAAGGAAACCGAUGGUGAUGAGGAGAAGAGCAAAGAUUCGAAUAAGAGCUCGGAUUCCGAUGGAAGUUCAGAUACCGAUGAAAGUUCAGAUUCCGGUGAAAAUUCAGAUCCCGAAGAUAGUUCAGACUCCGAUAAAAGCUCAGACUCCGAUAAAAGCUUAGACUUCGAUAGAAGCUUGGAUUCUGAUAAAAGCUCAGAUCCCGAAGACGGUUCAGACUCCGAUAAAAACUCGGAUUCCGAUAGAAACUCGGAUUCCGGUGAAAGUUCAGAUUCCGAAGACAGUUCGGAUUCCGAUAAAAGCUCGGAUUCCGAUUCCGAUUCUGACUCUGACUCCGAUUCCGAUUCCGAUUCCGAUUCCGAUUCCGAUUCCGAUUCCGAUUCCGAUUCCGAUGAAUCCUAUGACGAGCCCGCACCGCCGCCGCCAUCACCUUCGCAAUCACCUUCACAAUCACCUUCACCGCCGCCGUCACCGCCGCCGUCACCCGGCCCGGACUUUCCUUGUCCUUGCCCGUUUUACCGGCCAUUCGUCAACCACGCCGAGUGGCGGUAUGUCGUGUCCUACAUCGAGGGCCGAUAUGACUCUAGCACCAUCGAUAUGUACAUCAGGCAUGGAAAGCUCAGCUUCUGCUGUGCAAACGAGAUGUAUGAGAUGCUGGCACAGAUCGAUCUCUCAAAAAUACCUCCACCACAUGGGAUCGAGAUGUGGAAGAUGGUGCUGUUGCAGGCGAAGUUGAGGAUGGCAUUGAGGAAUGGUGUGCCUGUCGAUGAGGAAUUUGUGAAGACCGCCUUCUUGGAGAUCGAUAAUGCUACGGAUGCCGAUAUCCAAGCAUGGUCCGUUACUGUCGACGUUGAUAUCGAGCUGCCAAAUCUUCCUGAUGAUGACGAUGGUGUUUGGCCCGGCCUUAUUGACACUGAGCCUUCCGGCUCCGGUUCUGAUGGAGCUGAGUCUUCCGACUCCGGUUCUGGUGAUGAUGAACGUCUCAAUCCCAAUCCUGAUGAAGCUCAACCUUCCGACUCCGACUCCGACUCCGAUUCCGAUGUAGCUGAACAGAUCGGCUCCGAGUAUUGUACAGUCGAGCACCCUGACUCCGAUUGUGAUAUCAGGUCACUCGGUUCUACUCAAGAGAGCGGAAGUCUUUGCGGCGAUGAUGAGCCCAUCAACUUCGAUGAUGAUAGUGACUUCAACGACGUGAACGGAGAUCACGGAAGUCUCGAUGUCCAGUACCCUAGCUCUGAUUCUCGGAGUGAGUGGAGUGAAAACCUCGACUUCACCGAUGAUGGCGAGAUUCGUGUUGACUAUUGGAGCUAUAUCGGUAAUGGCUACUGGAUAAACCCCUUUGGCGAGGCCAUUUACUGGGUGACUCCCUUCGAGGAUUGCGGUUGUAUGGGCCCGUGUCCCGUUGCCGGGGAGGGCUACUGGACAAGCCUCUUCGUAGGGUAUGGCAUCUGGGGCAACCCCUUCGUGCACAGUACCUGGAUUAAUCCCGAUGACCGCGUUGGUUACUGGGUCGGUGCAUGGAACGACAACGGCGACUUUGAGGGCGAAUACUUCCUGUACAACACCGACAUCGACGACUCCGGGUAUCAUUACUGGAUGAAUCCCGAUGAUGGUCAUGGUUACCUGAGGGGCAGAUACAACGACGAUGGUGUUUUCGAUGGCGAGUAUGUCCGGUAUGCCGAUCAUUGCGCGACAUGCAGCCUCGACUACGUGUAUGGUAGUGGCCCUGAACCUCCCGCUGGCUUCCCGUAUAGAGGUCCCGAUAAUGGCCACGAUUACGUCAAUAGCUCGGAUGAUGAUAAUGAUUCCGAUAAUGGCGAUGACUUCGAUGAUGGCAAUGGCUCAGAUAAUGGUGGCAAUGGUUCCGGUGAUGACAAUGGCGACGAUUAUGUCCAUGUCAACCAGUAUGACAACCAUUCAGAUGAUGGCUACGAUCUCAACGGUGACUACCAAUCAGACGGCGACCAAGAAGCCAACGAUGCCGAUGACGAUGCCGAUGAUGAAGGCGACGACGACGAUGAGCCCAAUGACAAUGAAGAGGCUUCGUCCAGCAAUGGAAACAAUCCUGCGGGUGUGCGUAUCCAGCCAGGUGGAGACGGAGAGGAAACAACACCUGAGGUCGAUUGGGGCGGAAAUGUGGUCCGCGGUUCCGACUCAUUGGAAGAAGUUCCAAGGAAUUUGUCGGAGCUUGAAUAG